AUGGCUCGCACUAAGCAGACCGCUCGCAAGUCCACCGGCGGCAAGGCCCCGCGCAAGCAGCUGGCCACCAAGGCCGCCCGCAAGAGCGCCCCGGCCACCGGCGGCGUGAAGAAGCCCCACCGCUACCGGCCUGGCACCGUGGCGCUGCGCGAGAUCCGGCGCUACCAGAAGUCGACCGAGCUGCUGAUCCGCAAGCUGCCGUUCCAGCGCCUGGUGCGCGAGAUCGCGCAGGACUUCAAGACCGACCUGCGCUUCCAGAGCUCUGCGGUCAUGGCCCUGCAGGAGGCCUGCGAGGCCUACCUUGUGGGUCUGUUUGAGGACACCAACCUGUGCGCCAUCCACGCCAAGCGCGUCACCAUCAUGCCCAAGGACAUCCAGCUGGCCCGGCGCAUUCGUGGAGAGAGAUCAUCUUUAUUACCCUGCUCUUCCCAAAUGGCUCGCACUAAGCAGACCGCUCGCAAGUCCACCGGCGGCAAGGCCCCGCGCAAGCAGCUGGCCACCAAGGCCGCCCGCAAGAGCGCCCCUGCCACGGGCGGCGUAAAAAAGCCCCACCGCUACCGGCCUGGCACCGUGGCGCUGCGCGAGAUCCGGCGCUACCAGAAGUCGACCGAACUGCUGAUCCGCAAGCUGCCGUUCCAGCGCCUGGUGCGCGAGAUCGCGCAGGACUUCAAGACCGACCUGCGCUUCCAGAGCUCUGCGGUCAUGGCCUUGCAGGAGGCCUGCGAGGCCUACCUUGUGGGUCUGUUUGAGGACACCAACCUGUGCGCCAUCCACGCCAAGCGCGUCACCAUCAUGCCCAAGGACAUCCAGCUGGCCCGCCGCAUUCGCGGGGAGAGGGCGUAG